GCGCCACCAAGGAAACCCGAUGACACCCGAACGUAACUUUCUUUCUCAUGGGCCAAAAACAUAAUGAGUGUGAAUGCAGCUUUACUGUGCCCGGGCUCGCGCGCGCCACCAACCUCAGUUACUGUUGCUUUGUUACUGACCACGAGAUAACACGUAAACAAAAAAUUUUUUUUUUUUUUUUUUUCAUUAAUUUUUGUCGCGAAUAGAAUAAACUGCAAAGGGUUUAUUUUUAUGGUUUCUGAUUCAGAAUUGUUCGCCCUUCAAUACAAUACCAAUUUUAAUAGGUCUUUGCAGUAAUAUAUAUGUUAUUUGAUGAAAAUACACGGUGUCUCAGCGACCCUAGUGUAAUUUUAUUAAUUUAAAAAACGCGGGGGAGUUGAGCUUUUUUAUUACUAUUUUCGAAAUCUACGGAUUUUUUUCUAUAAAAUAGAAUAAUAAAAUUCCACUAGCAAAUUAGUUUCUACAACGGGUAAUAGUAAAGUUCAGUAGACUAUGAAUAUUCUGCCUUCACACUCUAUUUUAUUACAAGUCACGCUGGUUAAAAUUACAAGUACUUGUAGUGUAAUAAAUAAUUAAGUGUCGGGCAGUUAAAUAUAAAUAAAUUAAUCAUGGAUGACUGGCAAAGAUAUUUCGACAUGAUGAAUUCAAUCGAUAAAGGAGAUACGCAACGAGUAAGAGACAUAGUAGACAAAUUUGGUUUAUCAUUCUGUCCAUUGCUGGAUAAUGGACAUCAACUACUUACUGCUGCCGUUGAAAAAGAUCAAGUAGAAAUGCUGGCAUAUUUACUGCGGAAAAAUGCAAAAGUUAACAGCGAUCGUGAUGUUCUGUCACCUCUUCAGAUAGCCGCCAAAAACAACAACACGAUAAUUUUCAAAAUGCUUCUGGAACACGGGGCUAAAAUAAAUGAUAACAAUAUUCAUUAUAAUAAAUCACCAAUUAAGUUUGCAGUUGAGCUCAACAAUAUUGAGAUCGCAAGACUUAUCGUUGAGCACAAAAAUUUUGGAAAAAAAUAUGAUCAGUCAUUACUUCAUAGGGCUGUCAAGAAAAACAACUUCGCAAUGGUCUCAUUAUUAUUAGAAAUUGGUAUGGAUGUCAACGAAUUUGAUGACGACAGAUCAGCUCCAAUCCAUCGCGCAGUAAUGGUCCACAACAAUGAUAUUUUGCAAUUAUUGAUAGAUUAUGGAGCAGACAUUAAUGCUAAAAAUAAAUAUAGAGAGACUCCAAUUUAUUUGGUUCUAAAGUAUACGUAUGACGUAAUUUAUAGGUCUGAUAUUGUUGGAGUGGUUGUAUCUGACAAGCCAGUGAAUAGUAAAUUGGCCAUUCUCCUGGAUAAUGAUGCAGACACAAAUGAUCUUGAUUACCAUAGAUGGUUCUCAAAUAAUGUUCAAUAUAUUGAUCCGUAUAAUAGCAGUGUUUACAACAAUACUUCGGAAAAUAAAAAACGUAUUAUUAAGCAGAUUGUAAAAUUAAAAAGUCGAAAUGCACCUCCGUCUAAUAACAGUAAUAUGUUCUUGUCUUUUCUCAUUAAACACAAACGGUUUGAUGAUUAUAAAAAAAUAUGUGAGCAAGAAAUGUCGAUAGCCGUGAUGGAAAAAAUACCAAACUCAGGGAUUUCAUUUCAUAACAUUUUAAGCAAAAAUAGUAAUUUUUUAGCUGUGUGUGCAAAAAACAAAAAUCAUGAGAGGUUCAUAUGUUCGGGUGAAGUUUCACGUCGAUUUCCGGUUUAUGGAUCGGAUAUAAAACUUCGAUUUUCGAAAGGAGUAUUAAGAAAAGAUUUAUUGGAAAAAAGUGCUCAAGUUUUUCAUGAUCUUUUUCCCGUUGCGUCUGGAUUGUUGUCUGAUUGUGUCGAUGAUGUAUUUAAAUGUUUAGAUAAUAGGGAUUUAAGACAUUUUUUGCACUUGUUCUAA